GGGGCAGCGGCGCGUGCCCGGCGGGCCCGCAGCUCCGGCGCGAAGAUGCCUCGCGGCUUCCUGGUGAAGCGCAGCCGGCGGCCCACCCCUGUCUCGUACCGUGCGCGCUGCUGCCGCGAGGCCGCUGCUGCCGGCCCGCCGCUGCCUGCCGGCGGUGCCCCGCCGCCUGUCUGUCCUGCCGCCCCGCCGCCGCGGGACUCGCCGCCGGUGCCGUUCGGGACGCCCGAUGCCGCCGUGCAGGCGCUGUACAGCCCCACGCGGCCCGUCAGUAGGGACAAGUAUCUGGAGCGAGGCUUCAGCCUGGGUUCCCCCGUCUCUGCCGAGUCUUUUCCUGCCCCGGCCGUGCCCGGCACCAUGGACCCGCUCCUCUUCGCGCCGGCUGAGCUCAAGCUCUGGGCUGCCGCCGCCGGCCACGCUGAACCGCCCGCCGGCCACGUCGCCGCCGGUACUACUGCAGGCCCUGGUGCCGGCGGAGCUCCCGCGCCGCCCGCCGCGGCGGCGCCGCCCGUCUCCGGUCGCCCUCAACCUGCCAAGCGCCCACCGGCUUCCGCGGAGCCCGGGAGGCAAAAGGCUCCGUCGGGCAAGAAGGCGAAGGCGAUCCGCAAGCUAACCUUCGAGGACGAGGUGACCACGUCGCCGGUGCUGGGGCUGCGCAUCAAGGAGGGCCCGGUGGAGACGCCGGCUAAGGCGCGGGGCGGCUGCGCCCGCCCGCUCGGCGAGUUCAUCUGCCAGCUCUGCAAGGAGGAGUACGGGGACCCCUUCGCGCUGGCGCAGCACCGCUGCUCCCGCAUCGUCCGGGUGGAGUACCGCUGCCCCGAGUGCGACAAGGUCUUCUCCUGCCCCGCUAACCUCGCCUCCCACCGCCGCUGGCACAAGCCGCGCCCGCCUGCCGCCAAAAGCGGUCCCGAGGCGGGCAGGGCGCCGGCGGAGGAGCCGCCGAAGGAGGCGGGCGGGAGCGGCAGCGAGCGGGACACGCCGAGCCCCGGAGGCGCCUCGGAGGCCGGCUCCGAGGAGGGGCUCUUCGAGUGCCCCCGCUGCGCCAAGCGAUUCCGCCGGCAGGCCUACCUGCGCAAGCACCUGCUGGGGCACCCGGCACCCGCACCGGGGCCCGCACCGGCACCCGAGCCCGCCGCCGAGGAGCCGCCCGCGCCGCCCCCCGCCGAGUGCCGCUUGUGCCCGGUCUGCGGGGAGACCUUCCCCAGCAAGAGUAGUCAGGAGCGGCACCUCCGCCUCCUGCACGCCGCCCAGGUCUUCCCCUGCAAGUACUGCCCGGCCACCUUCUACAGUUCGCCCGGCCUCACCCGGCACAUCAACAAGUGCCACCCCUCCGAGAACAGGCAGGUCAUCCUGCUCCAGGUGCCGCUGCGUCCCGCCUGCUAG